AUGCCUAUCGUUGCCAGUCUUGUUCAGAGGCCUACCCCUCGCAGGGUCCUUGCCAUCAAGCCUAAGCACAGCAGCUCAGCCAAGACAUCGCCUGCUGCCAAGCCCAUCGUCUCACCCUAUGAGGCUACCCCUCUUGUCGCAGUGAUCGGCGUCGGCUUUGUCGGCACCGGCCUUGUCGACUCUUUCUCAACCAAGUAUGAGACUAUGGGCUUUGACAUUAGCGAAGACAGACUUGACUUCCUUCGGGGAGAGUUCAGGGCCCGACCCAACGUCUCUUUCACGUCCAAUGAGUCUGAUCUUGCCAACGCUACCCAUUUUCUCAUCUCUGUUCCCACUCUCCUCCGCUCGGAUAAGACCAUUGAUCUGUCUUAUCUCCAAAGUGCUCUUCGCCGAGUCGAGCAGUGGGCUCGUCCUGGCUGCACCGUCGUGAUUGAGAGCUCAGUGUCCGUUGGCUUGACUCGUCAGCUGCUCGGCCCCAUUGCUGAGGCUAAGGGUCUCUUCGCUGGCAUGUCCCCUGAGCGCAUUGAUCCUGGCCGAGUUGAACCCCCCAUGCACUCCAUCCCCAAGGUUGUCUCCGGUCUUGACGAUGUUGUCCCCGGAUCACUCAACGCUGUUGUCCGUCUCUAUGAGCGAGUCUUCGAUAACAUUGUCCCUGUCUCCAAGCCCGAAGUUGCCGAGAUGUGCAAACUCUACGAGAACUGCCAGCGAAUGAUGUGCAUUGCUUAUGCCAAUGAGAUGGCCGAUGCUUGCCGCGGUCUUGGCAUUGAUGCCUUUGAGGUGUCUCAAGCUGCCGCUACUAAGCCCUUCGGCUACAUGCCCUACACUCCCAGUCUGGGAGUCGGUGGCCACUGUAUCCCAGUGAACCCCUAUUACCUCCUCUCCAACUGCGAGUUUCCCCUCCUCGAGGCUUGCGCAGAAAAGAUGAACAAGCGCCCUGCCGACAUGGCCAAGCGAAUUGCUGGUGAACUCAUGGGUGUCGGCAAGCUCCAGAGACGUGAUUCUGGUAUCGAUAUCAACAAGAAGGUCCUGGUUGUCGGUAUGGGUUUCAAGGCUGGCCAAGACCACCUCGUCAACUCACCUGGUCUUCAACUCGCUAAAGAGCUCAAGAAGCUUGAUAUGGAUGUCCACUUCGCAGACUCUCUGGUUAAGCAAUCAGCUGUGCCUGAUAUUCCUCGACUGGCCGAUGAGGACUGGACCACAAAAGAGCUUGAGACAUUCGACAUGAUCGUUGUCAGCUUCCGACAGUGGGGGAUGGACUUUGAUGUGUUGGAUCGAGUCUCUGGUGUUCCUGUCCAGAUGUGGUGCCAAUAG